AUGCAGGAUCCCUCAGAGCUUCUGCUCCGAUACGCAGAAGAAACCGAAGACGACAGCUACGACUCGGCCGUCGAAGACGAAUUCUACAAUGGCAGAGAUCCUUGGGACGAGAACCCCUACGAGGGACGCGUUUUCCACAAGUUCUCCGAACUGCCUCCAGAGCUGCGCCUCAGAAUCUGGGAGCUUGGUCUCGUAGAAGCAGCGCAGCCUCGCGUCCUGGAGUUCGAAGUUCGUGCCAUCCCUCGAAAGAUGCCCGGCGUUUUCACAACAACCGAGUUUGGCGACCGAAUCCAGCGUCUGUUUCGGGAUUGGCAAGUCCGUCCUGGCAAAGACUUGGCCCGCGUAACUAAGCAGACGCGCACCAUCAUGGCCGUCAGCCGAGAGGCUCGAGGCACUGCUCUCACGAUUCUGCCUCACACUCUCAAGAUUCGGAACCCUGCAAAAAACAACUAUGGAAUGGUGCAUUGCAACCGAGAUCGAGACGUUGUUUACAUCAGCGGAUAUGAACGAGAGCAUAUAAAUCCAAGGGCUCCUGAUGAGAGCGUGGAAGAUAGCGCAUAUCAUUUCGACGGCUUCGCGGAAAAUGUUGUGCAGCUUGCAAUUAACAGCGACGCCUUUGACGAUCAAGACGCAAAUACCGACACCGACAGGUACUUCAACCACGCCAUGGAGCCAUUCCAUAACCUCAAGAGGAUUUUUCUUCUCUCCCACCCCACCAUCCCGUUGGACAGCCAUGAGGAGCUCUGGUGCGGCUCGGAUUUCGUUUAUACCCACACCACCGCCAUCAAGGACAGGGGCAAUGGCUAUUUCUGGACAAAAAGAUGUUGGCCAAAUGCAGACGAUUAUGACGACUUUGUUCGGAACCAGAUCCCCACCCCAGAGCUGGAAGGUGUGCCCUUUCAGGGUCGUCCGUUGAUUCCAACUCGUGGUAUCAUGCUCCUCCCAAUGCUUGCGUUUGAUAGUCAAGAUGGCUUGAAAGCCCUUGACAAGGUGCGUGCAAGGUGGCAGGAGAGUUAUACGCGCGGCAUUUCUAUCGAAGAACUCUCUGAUUCAUCGUCCGACUCCGGUUCCGAUUCCCAAUCUGAACCUGACGAAUACGAGAGCGAGGGAAUCGACGACUCCGAGAUUAUUGAGGAUGAUAGCGAAUGCAAUAGUGAUGAGGAUGCCAUGUCCGGAGAUGAAAUAUAUGGCGAUGAUGACGAAGACACCCUGAAUGGAGACGAGGUGGGAGAAAUUGUUCCCGUAUUUUCUAGUCCAGAACCAGAACCAGAACCAAAUGGUCACGUAGGCUCUACCUCGGAGACGCAGGGCUCUCGUAAACGACGAAUCGUCACCGACUUGGAUGAUGAUGAUCCACCUGAGGUAUCAGGGGCGAAGCGCGCGCGCACUGGUCGUUUCUCAGCGCGAGUCGUUACGUCAGACACGGAGGAUGAAGGGAUGAGCGAGCCCAGCGGUACUGGGAGGAGUCGCAGGCGUGCAACGAUUGUUGACAGCGACGACGAAGGUGACGAUGAUGACACUAGCGCUGAAGUCAACGGAAGAAUCGACUCAAGUAGCAGGAAAGACAAAGUGGGGGCUGCAAGUGGAAUAAAGAACAACAAUGACCAGGAAGACGACGACGAUGAAGAAAAGGAUGAAGAGGAUGAUGACGAUGAAGACGAGGAAGAGGAGGUUACAGAUGUAAGGCAGCUGAGUCUAGCCACUAGGCUUGAGCUUGUGCCACCACACCAUUCCUCGUCGCACAAAAGAAAAGUUGAGGACGAUAUGAUGAGUACCGAUCCAGAAGACUAUACUGAGGAUGAUGAGGAUGACGAUGAGGACGAAGAAAGAUCGGAAGACGAUCUUAUUGACGGCAUUGCAGAGGAAUCAGACGAAUCUGAUUACGAAUGA